GACCGCGGCUCUAAAGAACCGACCGUGCGACGCGAUGCGAGCUCCCGCACACAGAGACGAUCAGGCUAACUGCGGGCGGCCGCCGGCUCUAAACGCUGGGGGAUGGCAGCGGAUGGUCGCGGGCCCUAACCGCCAGCACCGCGCGCCACGACGGAAGUCCAACCCCCUCACCCCGCGGCCAGCUCCCAUUGGCCGGCCCUGGUGCGGGGCCGCUCACCGAUUUGUCCGCGGUCCCGUCAAUCAGACGAAGGCGGGAGGGUCGGUGUCCCCGCGGGACCCGGAUGGUUUCCCCAGCUAAUAAAAUGCAAAUAUUACAACAGUAUCUCUGACCCUUGGUGUACUAGUUACUGAGGCAACUUACUCGUAAAAAUUGUUGUGGGAUGCUCCAAUUUAUCAAGUCAAAGCCAAACGUUAAAUAGUGGGCUGCCAUGUCCCACCUCCAUCAUGUUGAAAUGGCACAAGGAGAGCAAAAUCUCAUCAGUGACACAUCUGAUGGUACAGACUAUUUGUCAGUCCCUCCUCCUCCUCCCCCCCUCCCUCCACCCUUUCUGUCCCCUCCUUCUGAACCAUCACAAAAUAAAUUAUACCAGAUUUUUGCUCAAGACCGAUUACCAGUAACUGGAGACUGGGAGGAGGUGAAGUUGCUGGUCCAGAGCAGGCCUAACAGCUUCAACAAAGAUUUGCAAUGGCUCCUUAUUAAUAAAUAUGUACCCUCGCUGAUCCAGGAUGGUCCACAGUGUGGACUGGUGGCUCUAUGGAUGGCCGGACAUUUGCUGAACAUGUGUGAGGUGCAGGGUCUGCAGGAGAUAGUGGACUGUGCGAAGGCCAGAGGGUAUACUGUUCAGGGAGAGAUGUUUUCAGGUGCAAACAUGGUGAAACUGGCCGAGGAAGUUUUCCAAUGUCAUGCUGAACUCCUCAAUAAUGGCUUAAUGGGAACUAACAAAGCCAGAAUAAUGCAGCAUCUCUUUGCUGGUUAUCCUGUAUUAGUACCGUAUGAUGAAGACUUCAAUCAUGAGCCCUGUCUGCGCAAAGGGCAUAAAGCUCACUGGGCAGUAAUUUCAGGAGCAUUGCUGGGACUGAAGUACAAACCUUUAAAAGACUUCUCUGAGGAAGAUUCUGCUAUUCCUGGGCUGUUUUAUCAACGAGUGAAUGUGCCUGGAGCUCAUUACCCUGAGGAUACCGUUGCUGAGAUUUACUUGGUGGCCAAGCAGGGAAAGAGUCUGAAGUAUCAGUUGUGGCCAUUCGACCAAGUGCAUAACAGUAAUGUGCAGCUAAGAGAGUUUAGCCCAAAGCGAGAGUGUGAUGGGACUGUCUAUGUUAUCCCUGAUGGUGGUGUGGAGUCAGGACUAUGUGGAGUGGUGAUUCUCCUACAACCAUUGCCCCAGGAUCAAAACCAAAGCUUGUGAAAGAACUUUUAAUUUAAACAGUAUCUUUCAGGGUACCUCAAGAUGCUUAUUCAUAAAGCAGAAUAUCUUGCAAUAAUUGUAACAUAAGAACUGUGAAAACCACUUUAUUUGCACUUUGCAGGAGUGUGCAAACAAAAUGCUCAGUUUUGCAUUAGAGUAUCAGCCAGCCUUGAUCAUGCAAGUGGACCUGGCUAAUCACUGCUGAUUUAACUGGCUACAUUGCAGAAGAGUUAGACAUUUAAUAUUUAACACAUACUUGGUAGAAAAUGCAACAGAGUGUUGGAUACAAAGGAGAUUGUGCCAAUUAUUUGAUGUCAAACUAUGCAGGUGCAGCAUGAUAUUGGUGCCUUUGGACCAGCUGAAAGCCAAUUAUGCAAAUAAAAUGUAAUAAGGCAACAAGGUUUCAAUGGUUUACCC